AAUUUGUUGUAUACAAUACUGCUCGAAAGAUAAAAGAGCUACCUAUGCUCUGAAUAUGUUAUGGUUAACUUUGUUUUAAUGCAGAUGAUGUACAACUACUACAGCAAGUGCAUUAGAUUUGGAGCAUAGCGUUAGAUCUAAUGGCAUUGUUACUUGACCUCACACGUACAACAUUUGUUUUGGUGACAAAGCCUUUGUCACUGGCUAAACUAUUUUGUCUAUUUUGUUUGAGAAGCAUUUGCAUAGUAAUCCAGACUUGGAUUGAGCUGUUGAGAGCUGGUAUCAAUUUCCAAUUGAAAAUCCUUUGGAGUGUCACAAUUUGGGCAAUUGCUAUUUUGUCAAUUCCAGUGCGAGCUUUGACUGCACUGCAAAAGGAAAAACUGCUGGAGAUACGCAUACAGGAUUUGCAAAUUGAGUUGGAGAACAUGAUUUGGCAUACAAAGAAACUUGAGGAACAAUUGCAGUUGGCCAUUAAAGAACGUCGGCUGAUGGAGGCCCUCUUAGCAGAAGUUGAAGAUGAACAUGCUGAGGCAAUCUCCAAAAUGGAGCUACUAGAGGGUGAGCUGAAGGAUUUGGAGGCUGAAAAUAAUCAGUUAAAGGAAGUCCAGGGUAAAGCAUUUUGGUGCAGCAGAAGUAAAGAUGAAGGUCAGAUUAGCCAAACUGUCAAGAAUGCACUUAAGUUUUGGAUUCCGUUGUUGAGAUCCCAUUACAAGGGAAAUGGUGUCAAAGGUGACAAUAUGAGAUGCAAGGAUAAGUGGAAGGAUGGAAAAGGAAGUAAAUCUGAAAUGUCUGCUGCAAGCGAAGUUCUGUCAGAAGCUUGUGGGCUUAUCCAUCCAUCUUUUGAAGACACAAUGACUCCGAAUUUCAGUAUGGACAAUGUUCUAGAACAAAGGAAGCAUGAAGCUCUUGCUCGCAGCUCUUUCAGUGCAGUAUGGUCACUUUUGGUUGGAAUGAUUGUGUGGGAAGCCAGAGAACCGUGCAUGCCUCUUGUGCUUGCUCUUUUUGUUGUCGUCAUGAUGUCUCUUAUGUGUGUGCUCCGGUUCUUCUCCACAAUUAAGAACAAACAUGCAGUUGUUGCAGCAGCUCUCUUAAGCCUCAAUUGUUUUAUGCUGGGCAUGGUGACAUGCCCGACGCUACCAGUAUUUGCUGAUGCUUUAGCUCCUUUUGUCUUUCAUGCCUCACAAAAGAUGGUAACCUGGUUUCUUGCUUUUCUGACUUAGGCUUUGUGGGUCUGAUGUGCUGUGUAUGCAUAUGGAAUCUGGAUAGUCAUUUUGCACGUAGGUAGACUGUUCUGGGCUUAAUUGCUCUUGGAGCAGUCUUUUGUCUGUGUACAUAGUGUCUCUUGACAGGUUACUUGCAAGGGUUCCUAGAGCUUCUGCCUGAAUGAAAUUGUUACAUGAAAAUGCUGCAUGUAAAGUUCCGUUA